UCCCCCAAUUUUCCCCCUCAUCUCCUUCAUUCACAGCAUAUCCCUCCUACCCCCUCUUCCGCUCUCUCUCUCUCUCUGCGAAAUCUCUACCCUAGUUACGUCAGUGAAGCUGGGUUGUGAUGCUCGAGGCUAUUCUCGAGGCUAUGCUCCAUUUUUCUCAUCCAUUUCUUCGCCGAAGAAAUAUACAGAAAUAAAUGUCCGGCUUCGUAGGCAUUCUCGUCUCCGAUCCAUGGCUAUGCUCCAUUUUUCUCAUCCAUUUCUUCGCCCAAGAAAUAUACAGAAAGAAAUGUCCGGCUUCGUAGGCAUUCUCGUCUCCGAUCCAUGGCUGCAGAACCAGUUCACGCAAGUGGAGCUCCGGAGCUUGAAAUCUCACUUCAUGAGCAUGAGGAGGGAGAGCGGGAAGCUGACGGUGGGGGAGCUGGCGGCCAAGAUGUCGCGUUUGAAGGUGGUGGGAGAGAAUCUGACGGAGGAGGAGAGAGCUUCGUUUAUCCACGAUUUGAAUCGUAACUUGGACGACGACGUCGAUUUCGAGUCCUUUCUCAGAGAGAGUGAUCCAAUAUGCAAGAUUUUGGAUUGCAUACCUGGAACUGGGUGCUUUCAGCUAGUGAACCACGGAAUUCCGCCUGAAACUAUAGGUGCGGCAUUGGCGGCGGCCAUCGGAGUUUUCUGUGUCUCGAUGGAGAAGAAGGUGGUGGUGACGAGGUCAUUGGAAAUGCCAUAUGGGUUUGAGGAAGGUCAUGGGGAUGAGGGUGAGAGUGAACUUAGUGAACAGUUUGUCUGGUGUAGAGAUGAAGGCUUGAAGUUGAAAAUGGAGGGAAUUUGGCCACUUGGGUAUUCAAAUUUCUGUGAGAAAAUGGAAACCCUUUUGUGGGAGAUAGAGAAGGUUUCUGAGAAAAUUCUGCUAACCCUCUGGGAAAGUUCUCUAAGAAGAUCAAUUUGUGGAAAUGAUAUGAUUCAUGGGCAAGAAGUUGGGUCAGUUUGUUGUCUCUACAAGCAUAGCAGGAAUGUUCCUUCUGAUCGAUGGUAUGAUGUGAUUAGGAUGCUGAUAAGGGGCACUGAUUUCUCUCAUGCUUUGUGUUUGCAUGUAUGUGAUGGGGCUUCAAAGUUCCAUGUUUACUCCAAGAAAGUCUGGGUAUCUUUUACCCCAGAUAAAGGUGCUCUAAUCAUCACAGUUGGAGACCAAAUCCAGGCUUCAGAUUUCUGGCCAAACAGGAGCUCACAGGAAGAUUUCAAAGGUUGUUGUAAACUGAUUUUAGGAGAUUGGUUUUCUUAAUUUCUUGGAGAGGAGCUUCAUAAAUCAACUUUGGAAUGUUUGAGGUUGCAAGAAAAGAAUAUGGGUUUGGCCAAAGAGCUUGCAGCAUUCAAAUUGGUUUCUGAUCUGGAUCUCGAUGAAGAGGAGGUUUUAAAGCUUGCCUCUUUUGGUAAUGCUGCCAACAACAAAGAUACCAUAGACAUUUUAGUUGGUUUUUCUGUUCACGAUUUGGUUGGUUUUGUUCUGCUGCUAGUAUGUUUUGCAGCUUUGUGUUCUAUUUUGUUGGUGUUCAGCCUCUGUGAGGCUUUGUUUUAGGCCUUUUGAAUGGCUUGUAUUCAGUGAUACUAAUUUGUAUUUGGAUUGUUCUGCUUUUAAUGA